AUGAGUUCUCAGUUGAAGUUUCUUGCCAAGUCCGAGUUGGCCCUGGACGCGCGGCGAGAGCAUCGGAUCAACGCCAAUUCUUUCCAGCAAGAUGCUCUAACGACCUUUAAUGGAUGGCAGUAUACCUGCUUUUACACUCACAAAGAUGCGAGAAGCAACGCCCUCUUCGUCAGCCUCGCUCGGCGACCCAUCCGCGACUCACUCGGCAGCUGGGAGACCUUGACGUUUGAAGACUACGAGCAGACUGCGGAUGAUGGGCACAACACCAUCUCGAUAGGAGUCUGCGCCGGAGAUGGCACUAUCCAUGUCUCAUUCGACCACCACUGUGAUCCUCCAACCCACAAUCAGCUCCCGGGAUACACUCGCACAGGCCAGCUGGGAGUCGAGAAACUCUUCUUGGAGACUACAUACCCGCGCUUUAUCCGCAUCGACGACGAUCUCCUGCUGAGUUAUCGCAUUGGCAUUGCGGGAGCAGGCUCCGAUCACCUAUUCAGGUACAGGAGCAAGGAUCAGUCGUACUCCUACGUCGGACAAUUUCUCACCGGCGUCAACAAUAACCCGUAUAUCAACGGCAUCUCAUAUGCCAACGGGCGCAUACAUGUAUCUGGCACGUAUCGUGGGUUCGUAUGGUACGAAGGCGUGGACGACCCAGAGGCGCGAACGCACACUGUCCAAGCUGGACCUAAUGGACCGGAAAAUAAUCACAAUCUCUUCUAUGUAAACAGCGACGACGGUGGGAAAACAUUCAACAACACAAAGGGCGAAAGGCUUGCGAACCUCGAAGUAGGCGAGACCGUAUACCCCGACAGCGAAGGGCUCAUCGUCUUCGACAUCCCGAUGAACAACGGCAUUCUGAACCAGGAGGCGCAAGCGGCAGAUGACGAUGGCGGGUUCCACGUCCUGAACCGAGAAAACGAAGUUUGGAUACACUAUUACCGCAGCCCAGAGGGGCAAUGGAGCCGCCACGCGUUGCCCGCGGACCUGCAGCCGACCCGGACUGGAGCGCGCGGGGAUGUCAUUGCUUUGCCGGGCAAGAAGACCGUCGUCUUUGCGCUGCCGGGGAAUCGAGACGAUAAGCUCACCGUUCUCGGCGCCAGGUUGCCCACUCAGGCUCAGACAGGGACUGCGGAUGGGGAGGUCGCGCUGGACUAUCGCACGCUGUGGCAGGCGGAUGGGUUCUCCGGCGAGCCGCAGGUCGAGACGUUUGAAUCUGGGUCACAGCAGGUGGUUUCGAUUUACACACGAACUGAGGAAAAGGAAAGAAAAGUGGUGGUGUUGGACUUUGCUUUGGAGAAGGAUAUCUGA